CCGUACUUUGUAACCUGUGACAUCAUCAUUAUGUUCUGCCAAAGUCUCUCAACCUGCCUCAGGCCUACGAGUGGCACAGAUAGAUAAAAGUCUGUGAUGGAGCUCCAAGUUAAACCAAACCUGGGGGCCAGCGGACAGGAAAACCAAGGGACAGGGCUGAGAGACAUCUUUGACAUAUUAGUCAAAGAGCCUCCAGAACGACUGCUCAGCCUCAUGGUUCACUUGGGCGACUCUCCGGAGGAGAACAUCAUACACGUCCUGUGUCUGACCAUUCUCCACAGAGAUGAGCGGGCACUGAACAAACUCCAGUCACUGAAAGACAGCUGCCUUGUCAAGCACUUGGCUAAAAGUUUGAAAAUGAGUGAAGGCAACAAAGAAGAAUUUGGAGUUCGCUGCGGCGCCUUCCAAGAGCUGACAGGAGAUUCUUUAGCAGUGCUGGCACGAAUUUUUAAAGUUUUGUCGGAGCAAAGGCUGUGUGAUCCACUCAGGAGAAAUUUGGCAUACCAGAGAGCUCUUUCCAUGGACAGCCAAACUACAAGUCACUGUGAGAAUCUGCAGUAUCACCUGCUCAGAGAGGAAGCUAAAGGCGUGUGCGGGCCCAUGUUGGAAGAGAGGAUAAGUUCUCAGCAAGAUCAUAAGUCUGAUUCUUGCCAUGACCCUCACCAAAGGACCGAUGAAGUCCAGACAAAUUUAAGAAUUGCUGAGCAAUCUGAAAAAGAUUUCAAUCACGCUAGCCCUCUACAGGCUCCUCCCUCAAUGCCCUCGUACCCUACUCAUCUAGAAAUCAGCAUACCUUCGACAAUCCCAUAUCAAGAGGAUGAAACGUCACCAGAAACACAAGACAAAGCUGAGCAAAACUCUAGUGUUUUCCUUACAACGUCUUCACAGUUACUGGAUGGAUCUCAGGUUGAUUCUGCUGAGCCAAAGAGAGACUCUAAAAUGGCAGCAGCGUACAGGAAGUUGGACAACCAUAUGGUUCAGCCUGAGACCACUAAACCGAGCAGUGCUCCAAAAGACGUCCCAUCUACUCCGACAAACACCUUCUCAACCGAGGUUCCUGACGGGGAUAGAAUGCUCGAAAGCAAUGAUGCAGAAGAUGAGGAAGAGGAAACAUUCUACGCAUUUGUCAUCCUCCACGCACAAGAGGAUGUCGAUGUGGCUGAGAGCAUGAAAAUCAAAAUGGAAAUGGUCACCGGUUUGGAGGGUGCAACUUUCUCCGAGGACUUCGCCAUCCCUGGCAGGAGAACUCUGCAGUGUGUGGAGGACGCCAUCAGCAACUCAGCCUUCACUUUCCUGCUGCUAACACGCAACUACAACACACGUUUGCUGGAUAUGAAGACAGAUACCGCCAUUAUGCACUCCAUUAACAACAAAUACAAGCACAACACUGUCAUCCCUCUGCUGCCGCUGGAGAACAGCAUGCCGGAGACGAGCCUGCCCAUGGUCCUCAACGCACUAGUGUACCUGAAGGAGAAUAGAAACUUUGAGCACAAGGUGAAGAAGGUGUUGACUCCUGCCAACUUUAGAAAACAACUGAGAAUCUGGAGGGAGGAACAGAGAGUGAAAAGGGAGAAGAAGAGACAGGAUGAACUAAGGAGAUCGAACCAGUGUCAAAGACAGUUUUUAAAAGAGCACAGAAUGGUCAAGUCACUGAUCAGAGAUAACAUAAAUCUGGCAAUGGCACAAAAAUGUAUUCUCAAUCCAAGUGUCCCAGCAGGACAAGGGAGCAGUGAUGGCCAGGCCAUUUGGCAACAACCCAACAUUCAUAUUGAAAAUGCUCAGUACAUUAUGAUCGGUAAUGACUCUCAAAUGACCGUGGAACACAGUGGAGGGUCAGAGAGAGAGGAUUCGGUUUUCUGAGAUGAAAGUAAAAACGUGAAUUACUGGGGUCAAUAUGUCACAUGUCACAAAUAUAAUACAAAAUAUACAGCACAAAUAACACUAUGAUAUUGAAUAAUUCUCAGUAAAAUGGUUUUUAAGUGAGAAAAUUAACA